AUUCAAUAUUAAAUCUGUGCAGAAUUUUAAAGUGCAAUAGCUUGACCCAAAGUGCAAUCUAUACACUUACUGGCGUAAUAAUAAUACAUAAAUAAAAACAACCAACAACAAAUAACCUUGUGUGUGUGUUCGAAUUCGUAACAAAAUAGAAAGUCCAAUUACCAACAACAGCCGCCAGUGUAGUGAGUGUUGUGAGAAUUGCUUUCGUAUAGAAAUAUACACAAAGUCUAAUAACGUGCAUUGAUAACAAUAAAUAUAGUUUCAUUAAAAAAUAUUUUGUGUUGCACACGCACACAACGAGAGAAACACAACUACAACUACUAUAAUCUUAUACGCAGUUACGUAGUAGUGUGUGCAUACGGAAGACGUGGGCAAAAGGGAGCAAGCGAGAUAGAAAAAAAAUACACAAAAAUUUAAAUUGAAUAUUUUGUGCAGUGUUUCGAAAUAAGCCCAUACACAAAUAGUAUCGAAGAGUCUCAGUAACAACAACGUAAAUAACAGGAAUUACAAGAAUAUUAUUAAAAAUUAAAACGGUUAAACGGAAGAGUUGACAGCGAGCGAAUACCAACGACAAAUUUGAAUGCUGCUGCGGUUUUAUCAUUUCAAAGAAAAUGGUUUCGUUAAUUGAUACUAUCGACGCGGCAGCGGAGGCACAAAAGCAACGUAUCGCCGCUGCCGCUAACGCUGACGUCGCUGCCAAUGCUGCAGGCAAAUCAACGGCCGUUGCGGCUAACGCUGCUGCAGCAGGUGCAGGCUUAACCGCCAGCGGCAAGCCAAAGGAGAAACGAAGGAAUAAUGAGAAGCGCAAGGAGAAAUCGCGCGAUGCAGCGCGUUGCCGUCGCUCCAAGGAAACGGAGAUAUUCAUGGAUCUGCAGCAAGCGUUGCCGCUGAAGCCGGAUGAUGUGAAUCAACUGGAUAAGGCAUCGGUAAUGCGCAUAACAAUUGCCAAUCUCAAAAUACGCGAAAUGCUGCAAUUAGUGCCCAAAAUUAAUGAAGUUGCUGCUGUUGAGUCGGCAGAGCUGGUCAAGCCCAAACUGGAGCAUAGCAAUGAGGAUUGGCUAAAAGGCGCAGAGGGUAGUGAACUAUUGAAGGAAAUUAUGGAUGGCUUUUUGCUUGUGCUCUCCAAUGAAGGUGCCAUAACUUAUGUAUCCGAAAAUAUUGUGGAUAUUUUGGGUGUUACUAAGAUUGAUACGCUGGGCCAAUAUAUUUGGGAAUAUACACAUCAGUGUGAUCAUGCGGACAUAAAGGAAGCGCUGAAUCUUAAACGCAAUGGCCUUGUGGAUAAGAUUAAGAAUGAGCAGCUGCUGGAGUCAGGCGUUAGCACUCAUCAUCGCGACUUGUUUGUGCGCAUGAAGUGCACCUUGACCAGUCGUGGACGCAGCAUUAACAUCAAGAGCGCUUCCUACAAGGUCAUACACAUCACUGGACACUUGCGUGUGAAUGCCAAAGGCGAACGCGUGCUGCUGGCCAUUGGUCGUCCCAUACCGCAUCCUUCGAACAUUGAAAUACCGCUGGGCACCAGCACCUUCCUGACCAAACAUGCGCUGGACAUGAAGUUUACCUAUGUGGAUGACAAAAUGCUUGACUUGCUUGGCUAUGCGCCCGCUGAUUUGCUGGAGACAUCGCUAUUCGAUUGUCAGCAUGCCGGCGAUGCGGAACGUCUAAUGGCCACAUUCAAAAGUGUGCUAAGCAAGGGACAAGGCGAAACUUGUCGCUAUCGCUUUCUGGGCAAGCGAGGCGGCUACUGCUGGUUGGUCACACAGGCUACGAUGGUCUACGAUAAGUUAAAGCCACAAAGCGUUGUCUGCGUCAAUUAUGUCGUUAGUAAUCUUGAGAAGAAACAUGAGAUUUAUUCACUUGCGCAACAAACGGCGGCAAGUGAGCAACAGGAAGAGCAAAAACAAUUAUCUGAAACUAACCACAACAACAACGAGCAUAUAACAACAACAAAAACAGUUGAAGUAGCUACACCAACAAUUACACCAAUAACAACAACAACAACAACAGCAACAGAGCUUAAGGACACAUCCAAAGCAAUUGAGACUGCAACUGAAAAAUUAAUAGAAAAUAUAAAAUCAAUAACAACAACUCCAACAACAACAACUGCAACUGCUGCUAUAAUAAACCCACCAAUACCAACGACAACAACAACAACUGCAAUUUUAAUAAAUCAACAACAACAAUUGGCAGCUGAGCUGCUUAUCAAACGUGAAAAUAAUACACCUGGACCACGCACCAUCACCUCACAGCUCUUUAGCAAUUUAGCCAACACCAACAACAUCAACAACAGCAACAACACCAACAACACUCCACGCCGCGUUGAGGAGAAAUUACCAAAAUCUGUUACCGCUUCAUUAAUACGCAGCACUCCACCCACUGUUGUGGCACAAAGCUGUGGCAGCAACAAGAAACGCAACAUUGCUGCAGCCAAAACUGCAACAGCUGCAAUUUUGUCACAGAGCAAUACGCAACAAGAGCAGCAGCAGCAACCACAACAACAACAACAACCACAACAACAAGCACAAGAUAUGAAUAAAGCAUUCUUAUCAUUUGCUGAUGAUGAUCGAGGCUUAACAAUGUUAAAAGAGGAACCCGAUGAUCUGUCGCAUCAUUUGACUAACUCGGCCUGCAUUCAAUUGGAUGAGAGCUGGAUGGUUGGACUCAUGGGCUCCUGUCUGCUGCCCGAUGAUAUUAACUCAUUGGAUUCAAACACCUGCUCGACUACAGCGAGUGCACAGCAUUAUCAACAAAACAGCAGCAGCAACAAUAGUUCCAGCAACAGCAGCACAGUUAGUCUAAGCACAAAUGUUGCAACAGCAGCUAGCAGCAACAGCAGUCAACAGCAGCAGCAGCAGCAACAACAACAGGAUAAUAGCAACAGCAGCAGCAACAUUGAUCCGCUUUUCAACUAUCGUGAGGAAUCCAAUGACACAAGCUGCUCACAGCAUCUGCAUUCACCCAGCGUUACACCCAAGGUUGCCGAGGAGAGCAGCUUAUCGUCGCUUUGCAGUCCCAACUCCAUGAUGCAGGAGGAUGAUCUAUGGACUGGCGUUGACUUUGAUACGCGUGCGCCUUAUAUACCCAUUGGCGAUGAUAUGCCGCUGCUGCCCGAGAGCAGCGAUCUCAUGUGGUGUCCUGUAGAGGAUCUGCAGAUAAUGCUGCCAAAGGAUAUCGAUGUAAUGCAGCAGCAUUUUACAACACAGCAGCAGCAGCAGCAGCAGCAACAACAGCAGCAGCAGCAAUACAAUUAUCAGCAAAGCUUGCAGCUGCAGCAGCAAGCAGCAACGCAACAGCAGCAGCAACAUUUUAGCAGCUCGUUAUGCUCUUCACCCGCCUCAACGGUUAGCUCGCUGUCGCCUUCACCAGUGCAACAGCAGCAGCAGCAACAACAACAGGCGCACUUAUUUACCAGCGGCUCCAGUGAACUUGCAGCAGUGCUUUGUGGCACAGGCAGCGGCACUUUGUCUAUACUAGCAAAUGCUGAGCUAACGCAGCAGCAAGUAAGCAACGAUUAUCGCAGCUUUCAGCAGCUCGAACAGGAGCUGCAGCUGCAGCAGGAGGAGGACACACAGCAGCAGCGCCAGCAACAGCAGCAGCAACAGCAACAGCAGCAGCAGCAGCAGCAAUUGUUAAGCUUAAGCAUAGAAUGCAAAAAGGAAAAAUAUGAUGUGUCGCUUACGCCCAGCUUAUGUCAUUCCAUGGAUGAUGCAUUUGAGAAUGACUACAGCAAAGAUUCCAGCAACUUGGAUUGUUGGAAUGAAUUGCUGCAAAUGAAUGUAGCCGAGACUAGCGCUAGUCCAGCUAGUCCCAAGCUAAUGCAGCAGCAAUUGCAGCAACAGCAGCAGCAGCAGCAUAUUAUUUUAAAUGCUGUGCCCUUAAUAAGCAUACAAAAUGGCAAAACGCUUAUGCAGCAGCAACAGAGCAGCGAGGAGGAUUUGCAGGAGUUGUUGUUGUCCAAUAAAUUGCCAGCAUUAAAGCUGCUGAAUAACAAGGCCAACAUACGCAUUGUUGAAAGCAAAACGCCCGCAAGCAAACUGCAAACAUUGCUGCCACAGCAGCAGCAGCAGCAGCAGCAGCAGCAGCAACAUGGCAGCAAACGUCAUCUAAGCAAUCAAGCAACUGUUGAGUCAAAGCGCUUGAAAAGCGGCAACAUGUCGCCGCAGCUGCUACAGCAACUCAUAGGCAAGGAGCCACAGCAGCAGCAAACACAACAGCAGCAGCAGCAGCAACAGCAGCCAGCAAAGCGUGUUGCUAAUGAACGUUGGUCCGCAAGCGAAUUGAAGCAGCAGAAGCAGCAACAGCAGCAGCAGCAGCAACAGCAACAAGCAAAUUCGGUGCUUAAGAAUCUUUUGAUUCAGCUGCCUGUGGAUGCUGUGGAGCCUAUGACUAUAGAUGAAACUUCACUGGAUCAGGUCAUGUCGCCGCUGUGCAUGGCCAACAAGUUUGCCAUGCCGCUGCAUUGCCAGACGGCCACUGCUUCGGUGCUGCGUAAUUAUCGCCAUAAUCCCUUAAUAAGCGGCACCAAUUUGCAAAUGUCGCCCGUGGGUGAUGUCAAUGAUGCCAAUUCUGUGGGCUCCCUGGAGGAUUGCAUGCCGCCGGGCUUGACUGCCUGCGAUACGGAUGCUUCCAGUGAUAGUGGCAUAGAUGACAACAGCAUGGCUGAGCAUACAAGUCAAGUGCAGCAUGAGGCAGCACUGGAUGUGCCGCCAGCGCCACCACCACAAACACUAGUGCAACAACUGCCGCCAACAGCUGCAGUUGCUAUUGUGGCCCUCGACGACGAGGAGGAAGAAGCGGAAGCUGCCGGCAGCGGCGCUGCGCAAAGUCGCAAGUCUUCCAUUUCAUUCUUGGACAGCAGCAAUCCGCCCAGCUGGUCUUAUCUUUGCAACGAUGAUUACAACAUGAACGAGACCAGCUUUGAGCUUGGCUACAAUCCGCUGGACAAUGUGCUGGACUGGGCUGAGCUGCCCUAAGCUGCCCUCGCUCGCUCUGGCAACAGCAAUACAAACUCUGCAUUUUUUCUUAACCUAGGCAUAUUUUUACUUUCCCACUUUUUGUUGUUUGUUUAGUUCGGCAUUUAUGACGAAUAUUCAGGCGUGUAGAGAACAAAAGCAAAUAACCAACAGUUUCAGCCUUAUGAGAAGAGAAUUUCAUUUGAAUUUUGAUUAGCAACUUUAACUGCCUAGAACAGAAGAAUAUUUGUACUAAAUUAAGUCUUAUUGUUUCUACAUGCAACAAACAAGUUGACAAACAAACAAAUACGUAUACAACACUAAAUAUAAAUAUACAAAACUUUAUGUAAAAAAUAAAACACUCAUAGUUAUUGCUAAAAGGCUCAAGUAAACAAUUUUUCUGGUGACGGUGGCAGUCCAAACAACAAAACUAUGAGCACAAAAAAAAUAAUUAAUAUUUUUAAACUGUUUAAAAAAAUAUUGCAAACUUAAGAUACAAUUUUCUUUAACCUUAGUCUAAGCAUAAAUGUUUUGCAAAAUAAUUACGUGUAAUUAACAUUUACGACGUUAAGUAAUGCUUUUGAAUUUCUGUAAACAACUUGGAUUUGUGCACUUUUUAAAUACCAACAAUAGUUUUUUAACAACAAAUGUCUUGAACUCAUUUUUAAUAUGUAUGUGUUUCUUGCAGUCUUUAGUUUAUAAUAAUUUUGUAUGCAGAGCCACAGUAAAGCAACGUCUGCUAUGUUAGUUACAAAUAAUAAUAAUAUGAUGUACUAUUUGCAAGCUUAAAAUUUUGUUCAUUUAUGUUCAUUUGGUAAUUUAAAACAGUUUUUAAUAAAUAUACAAAUUG